CAAAAGGUUGCCGUGGUGUGUGGCGUAGUUGAGUUUUUGGAUUAAGUUUCUAAGGAAAUGGCACGAGAAGAGCGGUGGCAGUGUGUUGGUUUGCUCUGUCCCUUCCUUUCUGUGUGAAGUGUUCUUACAGCACAGCACGUAUCCACCACCGUACACAGAGCAGGCAAGGAAGUGGAAGUGAACAAGUGUGCUGCGCAUGCAUGUGUGUGGGGGGCAUUUUAGCUGAGAUCGUCGUUAUUUGAGAAGCGGUGUAGGGGCCAGUCGGUGUCGACGUACGGAAGCGGUUUAGUUUUAAUCCAAGCGUGUCCCGUCGUGGAGUGAUUGUGUGGCUCUGUGUGCUCUCAUAUCAGUUCCUGAGUGAGUCGAAAGAGAGUCGCCGUUAGUCGCGCUUCGAGCAACGGACACGUUUUUUGGUUGAAACCAACAGCUUUUUUCAUCUUCGGGAGACACACAGAUCUCGAAUCGUACAUUCCCAAAGGAGAAUUGUCAUCUUCCGGUGAAUAAAGAAAGGAAACAUGAGCGGAGACGGUGAAUGGGACGAUUGUGACGAGGGACGUAGCUUUGAUCAGCCCAAGUACGAUGCUACCGAAAAUAGUGUCCAGGACAACAAUACUAACGGGUUCGACAAUUAUCAGUCCAACAAUGGUUUCGGUGACGAGUAUCAAAGCAACGACAACGGUGGAUAUGGCGGCGGUGACGAUGGAUACGGCGGCGGUGGUCGUGGAGGCCGUGGAGGCCGAGGUGGCGGACGAGGUCGUGGUCGGGGCCGUGGCGGGCGCGAUGGUGGCGGUGGCUUCGGUGGCGGUGGCUUCGGUAGCGGUGGCUACGGUGAUCGAAACGGCGAUGGCGGCCGACCUGCCUAUUCUGGCAACAGCGAUCCAAGCAUGGACCAGGUGAAGACGGACAAGCCGAGGGAGCUGUACAUUCCGCCACUUCCGACCGAGGACGAAUCGCUGAUCUUCGGGUCCGGCAUCAGCUCUGGGAUCAAUUUUGACAAGUUCGAGGAAAUCCAGGUGCGCGUGUCGGGCGAAAAUCCACCGGAUCACGUGGAGAGCUUCGAGCGCUCUGGUUUGCGCGAGGAGGUGAUGACGAACGUGCGCAAGUCGAGCUACACGAAACCGACGCCCAUCCAGCGGUACGCCAUCCCGAUCAUCCUGAACGGGCGCGACCUGAUGGCCUGCGCCCAGACCGGUUCGGGCAAGACGGCCGCCUUCAUGCUGCCGAUGAUCCACCAUCUGCUGGACAAGGAGGACUCGCUGGAGCUGCGCACGCGCAACCCGUACAUCGUGAUCGUGGCCCCGACCCGCGAGCUCGCGAUUCAAAUCCACGACGAGGGGCGCAAGUUCGCGCACGGCACCAAGCUGAAGGUGUGCGUAUCGUACGGCGGCACGGCCGUACAGCACCAGCUGCAGCUGAUGCGCGGUGGCUGCCACGUGCUGGUGGCCACGCCCGGUCGGCUGCUGGACUUCAUCGACCGGGGGUACGUGACGUUCGAGAACGUGAACUUCGUGGUGCUCGACGAAGCCGAUCGGAUGCUGGACAUGGGCUUUCUGCCCUCGAUCGAGAAGGUGAUGGGACACGCGACGAUGCCGGAAAAGCAGCAGCGGCAGACGCUCAUGUUUUCGGCUACGUUCCCGGCCGAAAUCCAGGAGCUGGCGGGCAAGUUCCUGCACAACUACAUCUGCGUGUUCGUGGGCAUCGUCGGCGGAGCGUGUGCCGAUGUGGAACAGACGAUCCAUCUGGUGGAAAAGUUCAAGAAGCGCAAGAAGCUGGAGGAGAUCCUGAACGGCGGCAAUCCCAAGGGUACGCUCGUGUUCGUGGAGACGAAGCGCAAUGCGGACUAUCUGGCAUCGCUGAUGUCCGAGACGCAGUUCCCGACCACCUCCAUCCAUGGCGAUCGGUUGCAGCGGGAGCGCGAGAUGGCGCUGUACGAUUUCAAGUCCGGGCGGAUGGACGUGCUGAUCGCGACGUCGGUAGCGGCCCGCGGGCUGGACAUUAAAAAUGUGAACCACGUGGUGAACUACGAUCUGCCGAAGAGCAUCGAUGAUUACGUGCACCGUAUCGGGCGAACCGGGCGCGUCGGCAACAAGGGCCGAGCGACUAGCUUCUACGACCCGGAGGCGGACCGGGCUAUGGCGAGCGAUCUGGUGAAGAUUCUCACCCAGGCCGGGCAGUCGGUGCCGGACUUUUUGAAGGAUGCUGGCGGUUCCGGCUCGUACAUGGGAUCGUCCCAGUUCGGUGGCAAGGAUAUCCGCGACUCGUACGGUUCGCGUGUCGAUGCCCAGCCGGUUGCCCUCGAGCCGGAGGAAGAGUGGGAGUAACUGGGGAGGGGGUGGGGUAGUUGCGUGUUGCGAACGAGAGUGGAUCUCUCUCGACAUUUCCUUAUUUUUUUUCUAAUGUUAACACUUACAACGAAACUUCGGAAGAGAAGUUUCCUCGAACGAAACGAGGAGUCAAACUCCUUUCCUUGCUUUUGUGACAUGCAUGAUUAUUCUUUCAUUUACUGACGUAACGAUGUAAAACACACAGAAGAAGCAUGACACACAGCAAAGAAGUGUUCGUUAAUAAAACGUUGAUGAAAACUUCGAAAACAUAA